AUGCUUCUAAAUGCGGUUGCCCUGCUGUUGGUUGGACCGUUAAGAACAGCUUUGAUCAUCGCCACAACGUUUACUGGGCCACCAUUCGAAAUCGUAGGACCGGAUAGCGGAUGUCCAAAAUUGAGUUUUGAAGAGUAUUUGAAGCCAGAUCAAUUGGUGGUCACCUUUAAAUACUACGGUAUUAAUCUACAUGAAGGUGGAUACAGCUGUAUGAUUAUGAUGCCAAUAAUUAAAGAUGGUUACGUUUCAUCAAAAUUUCGUGACUACUGCAAAGAGAUUGACACUCAACCAUUUAUCUAUAAAAGUAGCGGUGAACUACGAAUUAUUGCUGAGAUGUUAAUGUGGUUGGCAUCAAAAGCAAAUAUAGAAACACCGUUAAUGGUACCAUUGCCGACAAGACGAGUCGUUAUAGGCCAAAAUUAUCAGGCAGACAUUGUCAACGACUUACGAACAUUUACAGCUGAUACAUAUAUUUGUAAUAGAUUUUUUUCCCAGGCCGAACUAGAUAGGACUGCUCAAGGAGCAGAAGACAAAGCUACUAAAGACAAAGAAGAAGCUCUAUGGCGUGAAACAAUAUUCUACUAUGUUCUUGGCGGUAUUGGUUUGAUAGCUAUAAUCUGUAUUAUAAUUUGUGGUUCAACACCAAAAAAAGCUAGUCGUACAGAAGUUUUAUCCAGAAUUUAUUCCUCUCAAGUUCCAAGACGAGGUCAAUCAACAUAUGAUAUACCAUACUAUCAAUCAGGACCCACUUAUGACAGAUGUAAUUACUGA